AUGCCGUCCCCCGCGGCGAUGCCAUCCAAGAGAAAGGCUCAAGAUGCCGAGACCAGUGUCACCUCGACUUCUGUCCCAAAGCGCCAGAGGGUAUCUCGAGCUGCCCGAGAGAAAUGUGAUGGCGUCCAGCCUCAAUGCUUCUCCUGUGUAACUUUGUCGCGGCCAUGUACAUAUAACGUCGCACCGAAGAAGCGCGGCGUACAGACCGGUCUGAUCCGAACACUCGAGCUUGCCCUCGUAUGGCUCUUCGACCAGGUUCCUGGAACUGAAGAAAAGCUGGCCGGCCUGCUCACGCAGGAGGGCGGCACCGGCCAGUCUCUUCUGCUCGACAAGGACAGCGAGGCAGGGAACAGGCUUCACAAGAGAUGGAGGAGAUGCCGUGUUCACAAGGAUAUUGACCGGCUACUCUCCGGUAAAGACGGUGUAAGUCCCCGCCAGGACACCUCGGGAGAUGAUUCGGAUGCCGAAGCCGAUGGCCGCAACAAACGGAACGGGGAGGCUCCAUUAGACGGUCCUGACGCCUCUCCGCAACCUAAUGCCACCGACCGCAAACCAGACGCCGCCCCGAAGGAACCAGCACCGAGGCAACGCCGUGGCUCCAGGUCUCGGCGAAGGUUCAAGUUACCAAGAAAUUUCCCUCAAUUAUUAGAGGUCUACUAUUCGUACACCCACAGCUGGCUUCCGAUACUAAACUCAAAGGAGACUCUCGAUGGCGCUGCGGCCUCGUAUCCUCCAGACGGCCUCGACAUCGACCCAGAAGAUUCGAAUAAUAGUGCGGCUCAUGCUGAGCUAUGGUGCGCUCUCGCUGUUGGGGCAUUCCAGGAUGCAGCGUCAGCACGACCUCCAGGGGGCUCAGAACCACCAGACCGACCCAGUAUGAUAACAGCAGCAGCCCGCAGCCUGAUACCGGUAGAAACCGACAUGGCACUGGGCCAUGUGAAAGCUCUUCUGGUACUUUCCCUAGUAAAGCUCGGGCAGGACAACGCAGGGGCAGCUUCUCUGCUGAUCGGUCUAGCUGUCAGGGGUGCCAUGGCUUUGACGGAUGGACGAUCAAGAAACGGUGGACAGGUCUCAAUUUCGGGGCUGUCGGCAUCCUCGACGCAAGAAGCGUACUCAAUAGCUUUGGAUCGAGUUUUGAUGGCCUGUCUCAUGCUGGACACCAUUGUUUCCCUAAGGCUUGGUCAGACGCCUCACAUGAGGACAAACGACAUGAAAGAAAGGCCAACAGAGGAGAGCGGAUCAGAGGAAUGGGCACCGUGGGCUCCGAGGGCCGGCUUCGGGCUGGAGGAUGUCGAAGCUGCUGUACAGCCUGCACAGUCUUUGAGCUCCUUCAAUCAGCUCUACCAAUUCUUUCGCACUCUAAAUCAGAGUGUCGAGUCUGGGAGCGCAGGGCCAAAGAUUGGCGCCGCGAACCUUGUCCAAGUGCUUGAUCCCCGUUUCUCAUUUUGCAAUUCAGUAGUCUUUGGAGCGUCGACGAUACCCAUCCUUCCAUCGGCUUUCCUCAUACAGGCUACCUUCCUCGGUGCGACCUUGACUUUGAUGGCCGACCCUCGAGUGUCUCUGAUUUGGGGUCUGAUGGAGGUUUUGGAGAGCUCGAUUUCUCACUUUGGCGCAGCCGGCGUUUCGCCACUCCUGGUCACAUAUAUGAGCAUCGCCAACACCAAAAGUUGCGUCAAAGCUCUCCGGGAUGAUGACAAGACGCGGUGGAACUCACUGAUGAGGAGCCUCAUGUCUGUCUGGCAAGAUCGGACGAUGAACGUGGACUCUUCUCCCAUGGACGCGGAAUCGAGCGAGCAAACACCAGCUCAGGUCGAGCCGGCCGUAGCUCACUUCUCACAGCAUCCAUCUGCUCGCAGAAACUCACAGUUUCCACCAUUUUCCAUGCACGCGGACUCCUACCAUCACCCUAACAGUAACGGCUUUUUACCAACAGCGUCGUCUGUGAGCCCAUCAACGGCGAGAACAAUGCCAUUUACGCCAGGGAGCCAGCUGGAUGCUUUUCCUUCAGGCUUCAUGGGGCAUUUGUCGUCCGCUCAGGCCCCCUACCUCAUGGGGCAAGGCGCCCACGGCGUGGAUUACGACGCCAUUAUGGACGAGCUUGCUUCCAUCGACUGCACAGAUAGCAUGGAGUCCGACCCGCAGUUUAUGGCCAAUCUCGGCUUUGCCCCAGGGUCAGAUCUGACGGACAUGCUCCGGGGAGAGUAUGGGGGGAUGUGA